ACCUCUGAGUUGGCUGGUCACAUAUCCUGUCCCGGAUCAGGACCAUGGAUCAGUAGCCAUCACUUUUCCUUCCCGAAUCGGAACCUGGACUGAACCGGGAGGGACAGAGACUCCACCACCACACAGAACACAACCAGUGGACUGAAAAACCUCAGUCCUGGUGGCCAUCAGAGAGACAGAGGCUGCAGUCAGUGAUCCAGUCUGCAGCCCAGACCCUUCUCUUCACAGUCUCAGUGCAGGGAUGAAGCAGGGCCUAGAGCUGAUAGAGAUAGACCCUCCUAUUCCUAUGAUACAAACACCACAGUAUCCAUGAUGAACAGAGCAGGUCGCACUGGGCUUCAGCCUUCACAGAGAGUAGUGGGAGACCCCCCUGGUGGGAGUCUAACAGGAAGUCUGUCUUCUCCCUCAGGGUCUCGUCUAAUGCCUGGUGACUGGGUUCAUAGAAGGCCUGGACCUGGGUCUAGCCUUCCUCAGUUACCUCAUGGUUACCCCACCAAUACAGAUGGGUCAGGAUGGGCUUUCACCGCGCGAGGUGCCUAGCCUAUAACACAGCACACAAUCCCAACAACGGCUAGAGGUCAAGGAGGGAGUUCAAAGACUAACCACCUGAGGCUGGUGGCUCCUGCUUCUACCUCCUCUAGUGUCAUUGGGUCACAACGUGGGAGGGCGAGUGUUAGGACGGAUGGCGACAAGUUGUACUCUUGCCCUACGUGUGGGAACCGGUUCGCCAACGCAAACUAUUUGAAGGAACACCAGACCGUUCAUACCAAGGAAAGGCCAUUUAAGUCCAAACUAUGUUACAAGCUUUUCCUUCCUGAGUAGCCUUAGACAUAGGAGUGUCCACAACAGGGAGAUAUACAAGUUGUCUGUUUCUCUCUUUUAAAAGGUUUGUAAUCAGGUCACCCCUCAAGUGAGUAGGCCUGAAGAGAGAGAUCCAGAGAGGAUGAGUUUUAAUAAGGUUGGAUUUCUUGCGUUUAUGGCCAUGGUGUUCAACUGCACCGAUGGAGCAGAAAUCACAUUAGAUAGAUGUGAUAGUCGCAACAGCAGAUAAAUAUUUGUGUGUGAGAGAUUUUAGUGCUGUAGAUCUAUGGGGAGUUUUGAGAGAUGGGGUUCGAUCCUCCCAGGCCUGGUGUAGGAUCGUUCAGGGCCAAAGUAGUGGGAUGGGGUGGUGGUUUUGGGGGAUAGUAUAUAGGUCCCGGGGUUGGUCCAUUACUAUUUCACUGUUUUUUUUUGUGACCAAAAUGUGCAAUCCGCAUUCCGACCUGUGAAAGGCAGCAAUGGGCAACACAUCGUCUCGUCUGCCGGAAAUUAACAAAGUAGUAAACGGAAGUGAACCGUGACCAAUAACAGUUACAACGUUUGCGUUUUUAUUUAGACGUAAAUUAAAACCCUGGAACUCCAAAUAUCACAUACUUCCUCUAUGUAGCGUUUAAUUCGCGUUGGAGACCAGACUUAGUUGAUGGAUGUUAUCUAGGUAAUGCUAACUAGCGUUGGAGACAAGACUUGGUUGAUGGAUGUUAUCUAGGUAAUGCUAACUAGCUAGCCGCUAAGAAUGGCUAACUGUAACGUAAUGGUUUCUCACACUCAAAUAGCCUCCAUAAUGGAGGUGCUAGCGAAUACAGCCGUGGAAGAGAUCUGUAAACUCGUAGACGACGACUAUGCAGUGUUUCGUUUGGAAAUUUCUCAAAGACAGAAAGAAAACAGGGGAUUGCGAAGGAAACUACAGCUACUGGAACUGAAGGUAUCACGGGAGCGCGCACUCGCCAGUAGUGUCAAGAUCCUCGACCGAUACAGAGGAAUGGCAAGAGGUGAAGGACAUCUCACUGGAGGCCACAGAGGUUUUGUGAAGCCAGCGGGACACAAUACAUGGAGAGAUGACCAACCAAUCACGGUUGUUGAGGGAAGUGGAACCUCAUCCCAGCAUGUUAUGGUGAUAGAGUCUGCAGAUGCAGAGGCUGCAGGUCCUGGGGUCAAGCAGGAGAAGUCUGCAGGAGAGGAGGACCCAAGGUACUGCAGAGAUAUCCAGACUGGAGUGCCCCCUGUAUCCACAGAAGACCCCGUCACCACCCCAGCACUGCCCAGAACUCGACACAGCAUCACAGAGGAGGAGGGUCCAGAGGUGCUGCUGGUGAAGGAGGAGGGGUGUGAGGACAGUCUGGGGAACCCUGAGGGGCCCAUGGACAUGGAGGACAACCAGACUACACCUCCUCCUGAACUCACAGAGAAACCAGCUGAGCAGCACAGGACCACACACAGUCUCAAUGAGUCAGUAGACAUGGAGGAUGGGAAGCCUGAUCUGCUGCUGGUCAAAGAGGAGACGAUAGAAGACGAACCAGAGAGCAUUGACCUGCUGAGUGGAAUAAAGAUGGGGGAGCAAGGUGGUUGGCUAGAGGCUAAUAGAGGAGACUGGGCAACCAUCUUGGAUUCCCAGACGGAUGCAGCCAAGGCACCAGGGGACAUCAUCACUGAGCAGGCCACAACCAGAGGUGACUUGGUGGAGUCUGCAGUCCAUGAGGACCUGCUGAUGUCCGGUGUUGCUGGAAGGAGAGACUGGAUAUCUGAGGUGGCUGGUCACAAACCCUGGCCGCGGAUCAGGACACUGGAUCAGGAGCCGUCACGGUUUCUUCUUGAAUCAGAACCAGGUCCCAACCGCGAGGGACAGAGACUCCACCAUCACACAGAACACAACCAGUGGACAGGUGGACUGAACAACCUCAAUCCUGGUGGUCAUCAGAGAGACAGAGGCUCCAGUCAGCAGCCCAGACCCUUCUCGUCACAGUCUCAGUGCAGGGAUGGAGCAGGACCUGGGCCUGAUAGAGAUGGACCCUCCUGUUCCUAUGAAACAAACACCACUGUAUCCAUGAUGAACAGAGCAGGCUACCCUGGGCUUCAGCCUUCACAGAGAGUGGUGGGAGACCCCCCUGGUGGUAGUCUAUCAGCAAGUCUGUCUUCUCCUUCAGGGUCUCGUCUAAUGCCUGGUGACUGGGUUCAUAGACAACCUGGACCUGGGUCUAGCCUUCCUGGUGAUGGUUACCCCACAAAUACAGACAGGGUCAGGAUGGGUGUACCUCACAAGAGGUACCUAGCCUAUAACAUGGCAAACAAUCCCAACAACACCCAAACAAUGGCUAGAGGUCACGGAGGGAGCUCAAAGACUAACCACCUGAGGACGGUGGCUCCUGCUUCUAUCUCCUCUGGUGUCAUUGGGUCACAAGGUGAGAGGCCGAGCAUUAGUACCGAUGCUGACAAGCCCUACUCCUGCCCCACGUGUGGGAAGUGCUUCGCUAGGGCAAACUAUUUGAAGGAGCACCAGACCGUUCACACCAAGGAGAAGCCCUUCAAGUGCAAACUAUGUUACAAGAGCUUCUCCUUCCUGACUAACCUUACCAGACAUAAGAGUGUCCACAACGGAAAAAAUUUGUAGCAGUGUGGUUUGAGAUGUACACAGGGGAUGUCUGGGAAUUAUUCUUCACCUGACAUAUUAUAGUUAUCAUGUGAAGUGUCUUGGGAUAAGAAGGUAAUUAACCACAUACCCCUCAUUAACCCUUUAUUAACAUGUCAUGUUCUGGAGCAACGUGUUGAAGGUGCCUGAAGGAAACGUGAAGUCAACUCUGAAAGACUAGCAGGAAGUGUUAGUUGCAUGCAUGAGAGGACCAAUGGGCAUGCUCGGGAGGAGAUCGCUGAUGUCACUCGCUCUCGGAGCUGGAGCUGCGGGGUCUUUCCCUCUGCCGAGGGGGAGACGAGGGCCAGCUGAGGGGGACCUAUUGGAUUGGUGCUCACCCCUGCCCCUCCGUGUCCAGCGUCUCUGUUCUUAGGGGGACGGUCCAGCCUCUUGGGGUUCUUCUUGGAACAGGACAUAUCCAGGCUGUUUCACAUCCGGCCGUGAUUGGGAGUCCCAUAGGGCGACGCACAAUUGGUCCAGCGUUGGCUGGGAUAGGCCGUCAUUGUAAAUAAUAAUUUGUUCUUAACUGACUUGCCUAGUUCAAUAAAUUAUAAUAAUUU